GACGGUCAACGCGAGCAGCCACCAAAAGAAUUUAUAAGCAGCACCCAAAACUAAAGCAGGCAGCAAUAGGAGCAGUGAAUGAAAAGAAAAAUCUGGGCAACAACAAGAAGUACAAAGUUAACGCAAAGCCAACAGCAAUCAACCAAUCAAAAAGCAACAACAACAACAGCAACAACAACAACAACAACAACAAUUUGCAUGUCUUCGUUCAUUUGCGCUGAAAAUGAUAUAAAAACCUACAUGAGCCACGCUAUAAAUGUCAAACUGAGGUGGGCCGAUUAUCAUGGCAAGCAAUGUACAACAACAGCAACAACAGCGGCAGCAACAUACAACAACUAGAGCACAUCAGCAGCAGCAGCAGCAGCAGCCGCCAGAAGCAACAACAAGCGCAGCAGACAACUGCGAGGAGCAACACGAAGGAGAAUGGUCUAAGCUGCGACAGCAACAACAACAACAACAACAACUGCAGCAGGAAGAACAGCAACAACAACAACAACAGCAGCAACAGCAAGAACAACAGCAACAACAGUUGUCCCGGCGUGCUCAGGCGGCGUCAUUGCCGUCGCAGCGACGUCGCAGCCGGCGUCGUCUACUAAACGGUAGACGGUCGGCAGCAUCAACGGGGCGUGGCUGCGGCCUGAGCCGCCUAUGCUGUAAGCUGGACGUACUGCGGCAAUCGGCGAGGCAGCUGCAAUUCGCAUCCCUGGAGGCGCUGCUGCUGCUGCUGUUCCUGGCCUUGCAUGGAGAUACCGUACAGGCGGAGGGCAAUGUUGGCUGCCAGUUUGUUAGGACGCUUUGCAUACCCCACUCCGAGGUCUGUUACGAUGACAACAUCUUUGGCAAGUGCAUACCAACCACUGGAGUCGACGUGGAGGACAUUGAGAGGACACCACUCACCGAGGAGCAAUCACGUCUGCUGGCAACCAUGCUGGAGGAACUGCAGGGCGCCGGCCUAGGCUGGGAUCAUCAUUAUGUGCAGUGCCGGAUCCAGGGCGCGCUCUUCUCGCUGCAGCGCCAACAGCAGCUGCCGCCGAAUCUGUGCGCCAAUCUGGCGCCGGCCCCACCCGAAUACGGUGAUCCGGCGAGCGCGUUAGCCUAUGUGCGCUUCACGCCACCGGAGCCGGUCGAGCAGCUGGAGGCGAAUGUGGACUAUUACGAGCAGCUGCUGCCAGCCAGGCCGGCGCAAUUCUAUCCGACGAUGCGCAAGAAGCAGCCGCAGGACAGCGGCUUCAAUAGCAUACUGCAUCAGCUGCAGCUGCAGGAUCGGAGGCGACUGCGUCACGAUCCGCUCGAGCUGGAGCACUUUGGCAAGCUGGACGGGCAUACGAAGAGCACGCAGCUGGAGUUGCCGAGCGUAAUGGAUGCCUUUUUGGAUACGGAACGGCAGCGCAUCGAACGCGAGCAGCAGCUGCGUCUCGCCGAGCAGGAUGGCAGCGCGGCAAAGGUGGAGCAACAGAAUCGUCUGGAGCUCUAUCAAAUACUGGCCGACUCCGAGCCCGAUCCGCAGCCGUAUCAGCGCAAGCCACAGCCGGCGAAUGCCAUGGACCAGCUGGAGGCCAUUGUCGAGAAGCAGCAGCACCAGCAGCACAAGCAACAGCAGCAGCAGCAGGAGGAUCAGCCGCAGGCCGUGCCCGUCUAUUUGCCCGAGGAGCUAAACGAAUCCAGUGAGCUCUAUUUUCCGGACAACUAUGCGCCGCUGAAGCGUCGUGGACAGCAGCAGCCCGUGGAGCCCCCGAAGCGUUCCUUCUUCCGCGAGCUGGCCAAUGAGCAGGGUCUGCCCCAGGAGCCGUUGGUCGAGCUGGCUGCACAGCCGCAGCCGGAGCUGAUGAAGCGUCGGCCGGAGCUCAGUGCCCGGGAACAGCAGGAGCUGGCAUUUGAGAGCAGCUUGCGGCGCAACUCGCUGACACCCUUGGAGGAGGAGGCCAUGCUGGCCUCCAAUAGCUAUCCACGCGCCCUUCAAAAUCAGCGCGUGUUUACGGAGGGUGGCAUGCUGCUUGUGCCGCAGGAGGAGGAACAGCAGCAGCUGGCGGACUCGGCCCAAGCAGAUGAGCCGUCGGAUAUCAAGCAAACGCUGCUGGCCAACAUGUUGGGCUUUGCGCGUCACGAGCGGCUCGAUGUGAAGAAGCCGGGUCCGCAGCUGGGUCCACCGGCUGAGCUGAGCCACCAACUGGAGACGGAGAAGCCGCGAUCGCACACGGAGGAUGUCAACAAGGAGGUGAUGCCUGCCCACGUCAAAGGCGGCGAUGUCAACGAGCCGUACAAGAAGAAGAAGCUGGUCAAUGAGCAGCACUCGGACGAGGAUCAUGCGCCGCACACCGUAGACACUGAAUAUGCCCAUGUGUUCGUCAAGAACCCUAUCGACAGCUGGUACGAUGGGCAGCGCAUUAUGAAUGAGCUGGCGCAAAUACUACACAUGCAGGGAUACUUUUCUUAUUUAACCGUUCAACCACACGAAGUCAGCUUCCGGGUGGACUCAAACAACCCCGAGCGCAAAACGGCCGCAGAUGUGGCACGCUACAUCAAUGAGAACCGCGGCGUCAAGAACAACAUCCAGCGACGCGUCGGCUUCUAUGUGUUGCACGCCGGCGUCGGGGAUCGGGUCAAGGAUCUGCGUGAUCCGAGCAUUUCCGCGUCCCGCAUUGAGCUCGCCGAACAGGGACCGGAUGUGACCCACAUUAUGGCUUACAUGUUCGCCGGUGCGGGCGCAGCGGCUGUGAUUGUGAUCUUUGUGACGCUGAUUCUGAUCAAGCGACACGAUCGCAAGCGCGAUAAGCUGGGCGGCUUGCAGUCGGGCAUGUCAGGCGCCGAGAGCUGCAGCAAGGAUUACCAGGAGUUGUGUCGCGCGCGCAUGGCCGGCAAGAAUGGCAACACAGCGACUGGCAAUGCUGGCAAUGGUGGUGGGGCUGGUGGUGCUGGUGGCAGUGGUGCUGCUGGUUCAAAUACCACCGAGCAGCCGCACAGCGGACGCAUCAUGUCGCUGAGCAAGGAGAACGAGGGCCGGCCACCAUCCUCGCGCUCCAGCACCUCAUCGUGGAGCGAGGAGCCAGCAUUGACGAACAUGGACAUCUCAACCGGACACAUGGUGCUGUCUUAUAUGGAGGAUCAUCUGCGCAACAAGGGACGUUUGCAGCGCGAGUGGGAGGCGCUUUGCCGCUACGAAGCCGAGCCGAGCGCUCGGGAUGCCGCCUCCCAGCCGCAGUGCGUCAAUCUGAAUCGACCUGGCGCACCGCUGCCCUACGAUCACUCGCGGGUGGUUCUCAAUCACUUGGCCAAUGCUGAGGGUCUCGACUAUGUGAAUGCUUCAACAAUUACUGAUCACGAUCCCCGUGCACCCGCUUAUGUGGCUGCCCAGGGUCCGCUGCCCUCAACGUUGGCGCACUUUUGGCAAAUGAUUUGGGAGCAGGGCGCCGUUGUUAUAGUCGCCUUAUGUCGCCUGCAGGAGAAUGGAGAGGUCGCCUGUGCGCGCUACUGGCCGGAAGAGGGUGCUGAGGUUUAUCACAUCUAUGAGGUUCACUUGGUUAGCGAGCACAUUUGGUGUGAUGAUUACCUCGUACGUUCUUUCUAUUUGAAAAAUCUGCGUACUAGCGAAACCCGCACCGUCACCCAGUUCCAUUUCCUGUCCUGGCCACAGAUGGGCGUGCCGCCGCAAGCCAAGGCGCUGCUGGACUUUAGACGCAAGGUGAACAAGUCGUAUCGUGGCCGCUCCUGUCCUAUUGUGGUGCAUGGCAGCGCUGGCGCCGGACGCACUGGCUCCUACAUACUGUUGGAUCUGGUGCUGGGACGCAUGAACAAGGGUGCACGCGAAAUAGACAUUGCCGCCACGCUGGAGCAUCUGAGGGAUCAGCGCGCCGGCGUGGUGGCCACGCGGCAACAGUUCGAGUUCGUGCUGAUGGCCGUCGCCGAGGAAGUGCAUGCCAUACUAAAGGCUCUGCCGGCGAAUACGUCCGGCGAGAAACGUGAACUGGACAAGGAAAGUGGCGGCGCCGCUACCACCAAGGAGCCGCUUAAAGAGGACAAGGCGCAGGAGGCGGCCGAAGAGGAAGCACCCACCAGCAGCAGCAAGGCUGCAGCUGCCGCGGCAGCCAAGGAAAAGGAGCAGCAGAAGGAGAAGGAGAAGGAACAGCAGAAGGAGAAGCAGAAGGAGCAGCCCAAGGUGUCCGUUGAGCAAAAGACGCCGGCAGCUAAGAAGUAGACGCGUCUCACAGUAAAAAACAACAACAACAACAAAAGAAUAACCAAAAACAAAAAACAUCAUUUAGUUCAAAUCACGUUUGUUGCAGCGUUUCGGGGGUCUCUAAUUUAGUUGUUGUAGUUAGUAUUAAAGAUAAACGAUUUUUGUGUUUGAAAUAUAUACUUUGGUAUAAGCACUUGGAAGGUUCGAAAAGGGCAAAACAUGGUCGGCUAGCGUUGGAAAUACAAUUUUAACUCGUUCAGUUACUAUAUAUAUACCAAAUAUACACAGUAUACAAAUGUGUAUUUAGCCUAUGUUCAGCACAAAUCGCACUAAGCAAAAAAACAAAAGAAAAACCUGUUGGGAACAACCGUGCAACGCUGCCGCAACACUUGCCACACGGCCGGCACGCGGCUCCGGGUGCAACACCAGCCCGUGACAUUCGGAGCGCGUCUCUGGUGUUGGUAUUCAAGUGUGUGUUGUGCGGCGUUGUGCGGUCCAGCAAAUGAAAUGCACAUAUUUUUAACUAGUACAUAUAUACAUAUUUAUAUAUAUAUAUAUAAAACGAUAUAGGAAAACAUAUUUGAGUGUUAUACAGGACAAAAGUUAUUUAUAUAUAUAUACAUAUGUGUGUAGAUGUUAAGCAUUUAAAUUCAAUUAUGAAUGCAUUUGACAUAUAUCGAUGUUGGCAUUAAAUACGAUACCAUAUGAAUACCCUGUACUUUUAUGUAAACUCUCUAAUCGAUGUGCUUGAAAUAACCAGCGGAAAUACAAGAAAACAAAUGGUAUACAUAUGCCGCAGAAACCAAACACAUACACACAUACACACACAUAGACACACACAGACACACACAUGCCACAUGCCACAUACAC